GGACGCACUUUAAACUGCGCUCCCCACAAAACCACACUCAUCUGCUGGACACUUUACACACCGGCUUCCAUCAUCCACUCAAACACAACCAAGGACACAUGUGAGCGGUGUGUGUCUGCGCCAGAUUUUGGAGAGUCUUCACCUCAUUUGCGCAAGUCAUGGCAUUUGUUUGGAAACUAAAAGAACCAUGCACUCUGCUGGCGACAACUAUUGCACAAAGAUGAGUCACCACGGCGGUGUUGGUGAACAUCCACUGGUCAGCUGUGGUCUCCUCAGCCGGGACAAAGUCCGGUAAGCUGCACGGUUCUCACCCGCAGAGCGACGCGCGUCUCUCGGUGACCUUCUGAAAUCAUGUCUUGUGGCGACGUGCGUGGCGCGCCAGAGUGCGUGUGAGUGACUGACCCAUAGUGUUUCUGAGAGAGAGAGUAAGAGAGGCUGGAGAUAAACAGCAGCCAGGCAUUCAGGCAGCAACAGCCGGUCACCCAGAGCAGCCAUCUCGCCUCUCUCUCCGCCCCCCAGACCCAUGCAGGAUGCCCGGGGUGCGCCGGCGGGGAGUCCUGGUCCAGCUCAGCCCGAGUUCAUGACGCUCUGGGCGGCCUCGUCAUGCGUCUCUUGCCCGAGCCCAGCGCACAGUCCCUUCGGCUCCUCUUCCUCUUUCUCUUCGUGAUGGGGGUGGCCCCCUCACCGGCUCUCACAGCCGGGUGCCCCGACAGAUGCGUGUGCGAUGACCAGUUAGUGGUCCAGUGCGCCGGGCAGGAUCUGACCCUGUUCCCCAAUGACCUGCCCCUGGCCACCCGGCAGCUCAUCAUCUCCAACAACCGGAUUGGAGAUCUGCCCGCCCUGCAGCUCAACUACCUGUCCGAUCUGGUCUACCUGGACUGCAGCAACAACUCUCUGACCGAGAUCUCCGAGUCCACGUUCGGGAACUUGAGGAAACUGGCCUAUCUGGACCUGUCCUUCAACACUCUGCUGCAGAUCGAGGACCGGACUUUCGGGCCCCUUUCGUCUCUGGUGAUGCUCCGGCUGACGGAUAACCCGGGUCUAAGUGAGAUUCAUCCAGAUGCCUUCUCGGAGAACAUGGCUCUGCAGGUGCUGGAUGUGAGCCGGAACAACCUGACCGUCCUCAACAUCAGCAGCCUGAUCGCCUUGCCGGCUCUGCGGUCUCUGGGGCUCAGUGGGAACCCGUGGAGGUGUGACUGUGACACGGAGGACCUCUGCCUCUGGGUGCAGAUAGAGGGCUUCAAGUUCCAAGAUGAGGGUCAGACCGUAUGCCACAGUCCCUCAGAGCUGGCGGGCCAGCGGUUGGCGGAGGUCGGCAUGCAGCUGCGGGCAGACUGCCACCAAGGCCUGGGCUAUUGGGACUACCUCUUCUUCAUCGCCAUCGGCUUCGUCAUCUUCUCAGCCGGGACAGUGUCGGCCUGGGUGAUGGGCGUGCUCAUGGUGUUGUAUGAGCGCUACAGCAAACGGAAGAGCGAGGAGCUGGACAGUGACGACGAGGACGAGAGGGGGGGGAUGGGCAACAGUGGAGGAGGUGGUAGUGGAGGAGGAGGAGGAGGAGGAGGUGGGAAUCAGGGGAAUGGGGAUCUGAGCAAGCCUGGUAUGCAGGUGUGACAGACUGAAGUGAAACCACAGGAGAAAAAAGACACACAGGUGGAUAAAAGAGGACGAAAGGGGCGAGGGGACUCUGAGACCAAAGGCUCUGCAACGAACCAAGAUCUGACUGUCGCUCUUUGAUACAGAUUUCAAUACAACGAAAUGCUCAUUAUCAUAUUGGACAGAAAGUGCGUGUAUGCGUGUGUGUAUGUGGUGAGAGAAAGAGAGUGAGAAACAGAGACAGCAAUAAGGAUGACUAUGCCUUCACUUCAGGAGUACAGAAUGACCUCUGAGAUUACUGAAAGCAAUAACGCCCCCCUUACAGCUAUACACACCCACACACACUCACACACAUUGCUCAUCUUAGCACAGACGCUCAACUGAGGUGGUGUGUCUGUGCAGGCAGAUGUACCUGCAUACGCUGAGAAGAAGUGCUCUUCAGAAACAAGCCUAAAAUGAGGAUUAUGACAAGACGUGUUAUGAGAGCGACACAUUUAAACACACACUCACAGGAUACAUUUAUACACAAGAGGGAACUGGGGGUCACAAAGAGAGUGAUGCCUUAUCUCUGCUACAGUAAAAAAGGGAAAACUUGUCAAUUUCACUGUUAAAGGUUCAGUGUGUGAGAUGUGCAGAUGUUCUAAUGGGAAGUUUUGAUUCUGUUGGGGUGCCCAUGUGGACUUUAGCUAACUCCAUUUCUAAG